AUGUCGCGCACCGAACGCGAAAGGGCGCAAGCUGAUGAGUUAUACAAAGGUGGCUCAUCUAUGCGCCUUCCUUCUCCACGAUCUGCCUCUCCGGAACCAAAUAUCAACCAGAGUACAGAGUACGCGCGUCCUUGUCCUCAUUGCUCACCAGAUAACGCCUUCGGCUGGUCCUGUCCCAUCCCCGUAUCUGAUCCCAACACGGACGUUGAACACGCAUGGCCUGUCGAAGAUGGCCUCCCUCCAGGUCACCAACACUGUGGUAAUUGCGAAAAUCUCACUGCUGUUCAAGCCCCGUCUACCACGAAAUGCGACUUUUGUCAAGUCUACUUCUGUGGCAUCGAGGUACAGGGCCGCUGUGUAGCUACCCCCCUCUCAACACAAUCUCCACACGGCAUGUCGGAUGUGGGGGACCUUAUCCAGUCCGCAGAUGUCUACGAUUGCUUCGAUGGUAACACCGUUGAAGUUGAGAUUAUGCUCGACUACCUAACUGCUCAGGGCAUAACUCCUCGGCACAUAUACCGCGAGAUAGUAACGCAUCUGCAGUCGCAACCUGGCGGGUUCAGGCCCUUGAUAGACUUGGAGCUCUUUGUCGAUAACCACAACGUAUCACCUGGCGUAGACCCUGAUCCCAACGCGCCCAGAAACAGGAUAUGCCGUCUUUGCGCGUCUGAGAUCCUUCUCUGGGGUCUGCGAGAUUGGUGGGUUAGGGAGCGUCAGAAGGGGUUCUUAGAAGAAGACGUUAUGGCCCGUAAGGAUUGUGCCGAAGGGCAAGCUUGUUCCAGACAGAAAGAUCUUGAUAACCACAUGAUCGCACCUCGACCGACCGAUGCUGCCAACGUGUCUGAGGCCCCUCCAACUAAUGAAAUGGCCGAAGCUCCCGCCCAGCUGCCUGCCAACAUUUUGACGCCUUUACCCCCGAUUGCUGACCUUCUUCAACAUCUGUAG